AAAAUAUCAAAAUCAUAUCUGUUCAUCGCUCUUCUCCACCAUCUUCUUCCUCAUCGCUGAAGUACAACAGAAAAACCAGAAAACAGAAUUAAAAUCUGAAUGCCAGCAGUAGACUAUUAAUGGCAAUUUUAGCUUCUUUACCAGGUAUCAAUCUCUUCUCUUCACUCCCAUCAAACCCACCACCACAAAACAAUUCUCCACCACAACCGCCAAUUCCCAUCCCCAAAUACCCACCUCCACCGCCCAAAACCCCACCUCCUCCACCCAAAAACCCAGCCUUCAAGCUUCCACACAAUCGAACCAAGUACUACAAACCAAUCAAACAGGACGGCGUCAUCUCAUCAGACGGAGACCGCUCCGUCAUCGUUAACGAAAAUGGCGUAUCCUACAAGCUCCCCGGCGCACCCUUCGAGUUUCAGUUUAGUUACUCCGAAACUCCUAAAGUUAAACCGUUAGCAAUCCGUGAACCGGCUUUUCUGCCGUUUGGUCCUCCUUCAAUGCCGCGUCCGUGGACCGGUAAAGCUCCGUUAAAGAAAUCCAAAAAGAAGAUGAAGUUUCCUCUGUUCGGUAAUACGCCACCAGAGAAUGGUGAAGAUAACGGAGCUAAGUAUUUUCAACUGCCGGAGAAUUUUCAAUUAGGAUAUUAUCCUGACCAAGUUAGAUCAAGAAAAGAAAUAUUAGGAGCGCCGUUAAGUAGAUGGGAAAUUAAAAAUUUGAUUAAGCCUCUCGUGUCUGAUAAUCGUCAGGUUAAUCUUGGUAGGGAUGGAUUGACACAUAAUAUGUUGGAAUUGAUACAUUCGCAUUGGAGAAGGAGUCCGGUAUGUAAAGUUCGUUGUAAAGGCAUUCCGACAGUGGAUAUGCGAAAUAUUUGUCGUAGUUUGGAGGAAAGAACGGGAGGAAAGGUGAUAUAUAGAAUUGGUGGUGUGGUUUAUCUUUUUGCUGGAAGAAACUAUGAUCAUAGAAAUCGUCCACGAAUACCUAUAAUGCUAUGGAAACCUGCAGCUCCGGUUUACCCAAAACUUAUACAAGAUGCUCCUGAAGGAUUGACUAAAGAUGAAGCCUAUGAAUUUCGGGAAAAAGGGAAGGAACUAUUGCCGAUAUGUAAAUUAGCCAAAAAUGGAGUUUACAUUACCUUGGUAAAAGAUGUUAGAGAUGCUUUUGAAGGAAGUCCACUGGUGAAGAUUGACUGCAAAGGAAUGGAUCCAAGUGACUACAAGAAGUUGGGUGCUAAACUUAAGGAAUUGGUCCCUUGUGUACUUCUGUCGUUUGAUGAAGAGCAAAUCUUGAUGUGGAGGGGGAAAAACUGGAAAUCAUUGUAUGGAGAAGUUCCCAGCAAAGCUGAUAUUAAAAUCGGUUCAGAUGACUCAGGCAAGUUUGAUGAUGAAUGUAGUAACCCCGAUGCUCAUUGGAGCCCGAAAAUGACGUCCCUGUGGAAACGCGCUAUUGAAUCAAACAAGGCAAUUUUACUAGAUCGGAUCAAUCUUGGUCCUGAUGAUCUGCUGAGAAAAGUAGAGGAAUUCGAGAGCAUUUCACAGGCAACUGAACACUCAUAUCCAGCUGUAAUUUCGGCUAGCGAAGAUGGUGCCAAUAAUGCAAUGGAAACAUUCGGAUAUGAUCCGGUUAGUGAAAAUCUUGCUGAGGACGACACAGAUAAUGACUAUGAGUAUGAAGAUGAUGAGUAUUUUAGCGACUCUUUUGAAGAGGUAGAUACUGUAGUUCCUCGGGGAUCAUUACGCAUUGAUCUUCUAGCAGAAAAACUCGAUCAAGAUUGAUAAAUCUGCUAAAAGUGCUAAUUAUUCUUGGCGAAGUUUAACGCGCUCUAUGCAUUGUAAAGAUCAGUCAUAGAAGAGUCAUUUCGGUUCAUAAAGUUAUGUAGGUUAGAUAAAUCCAGAUGUUUUUAAUUUCAGGUCAAAUGGACUCAAAUUUCUAAUUAUUGUAUCAAAUCUAUUUGACUUGAUUUUAGAAAGUUUUGGAUCUAUUUGAUCAAAUUGAAUGUAAAUUUAUGGACUAAAAUGAUCUAUUUUUCAAAGAUCAUUGUACAUUUGUAGGAUAUGGAGUAGCAAAUAGCAUAUGUACUAAUGGAAAUUCACCUACAA